AUGAAUCAACGACAAGGAUGUCUAGACCAGAGCUGGACUAAGUCUAGCUACUUUAUACCAGUCGACCUAAGUCUGAGUUUCAGUAACGUUACAGCACAACUUACUCAACGGCGUAACUUUACGAAUAAGUCCUUAUCUCAUAAUCUUCUUAAAAGGAUCCAAAGUAAAGUUAGGGAUAGGGCGGAUAGGAUCCUAGCACAAUAUUAUCAUAAAGCAGCUAUAGAGAAGGUACUUAUAUCGUUGCUACAGAACCUAAAUAGGACGUACCAGCGUAUGGUUACAAGUAUACCGGCGGAUAUCAAGAAGGAUACGAUACGCCUUUUACAAUUCCUAGUAUAUUCUAAGAUAUCUCUUAAGCUAGCCGAGGCUAAAGAAGUAAUAGCGACGCAGAUUAAAAACGAUUCACAAGGGAUUAAUAUUAAGCGUCAACUAUUCUGCAAGACUAAUGUUUUGGAUUACUGUCCUAGCCUAACAGAGCAUGCUGUACUAGCUCAGGAAUACGAAGAUAUAGCACAAAUAACAGGAUCUGAGCUCUACUAUACUUACUUCAUUAGACUUAUAGCGCCUGCGCAAGAUAUUAUUAGCAAGGGAGCAGAUGUCAAUACGCAGGGCGGCUACUUUAGCAAUGCUCUCCAGGCUGCCUCAUCAAGAGGUUAUCAGGAAAUUAUUAAACUACUUCUAAACCAAGGAGCAGACAUCAAUACACAGAGUGACAUCAAUACACAGGGUGGUCACUUUGGCAAUGCUCUCCAGGCUUCUAUAUCAAAAGGCUAUCAGAAGAUUGUUAAACUACUCCUAGAACAGGGAGCAGAUAUCAAUACACAGGGUAGCUUUUUCGGUGAUGCUCUUUAG